UUCCACGGAGGCCGUGACGUGGCAGUACGCAGGCGCAGCCACCACCAGCACCACCAGUAGCAGCAGGCACUGGCUAACACACAGCACCACCGUCUACUGCUCUUCAACUGCGCUGUAGAUCAUCAGAAACCUUAGAGUUUAGCUUCUGUUAGACACGCCAGUAUGGGUCUUACUAUCUCCUCGCUUUUCGGAAGACUGUUCGGGAAGAAACAGAUGAGAAUACUGAUGGUGGGUCUGGAUGCUGCCGGUAAAACCACAAUAUUGUACAAACUAAAGCUGGGAGAAAUUGUAACUACCAUUCCAACUAUAGGAUUUAAUGUGGAAACUGUUGAAUACAAGAACAUCUGCUUUACUGUUUGGGAUGUGGGCGGCCAGGAUAAGAUUCGUCCACUUUGGAGACAUUACUUCCAGAACACUCAGGGUUUGAUCUUUGUAGUGGACAGUAAUGACAGAGAGAGAGUGCAGGAGUCGGCUGAGGAGCUUUCUAAAAUGUUGCAAGAAGAUGAGCUGAGGGAUGCUGUGCUGCUGGUGUUUGCAAACAAACAGGAUCUGCCUAAUGCCAUGGCAGUGAGCGAACUUACAGACAAACUGGGCCUGCAGAGUCUGCGAAGCAGAACGUGGUAUGUUCAGGCUACCUGCGCUACACAAGGCACCGGGCUGUAUGAAGGACUAGACUGGUUAUCCAAUGAGCUGUCCAAACGCUAGUGCCUGUGAACGGAAGAGGCUGGGAAGUGUGUGAACGAGUGAUAGGUCUAUGGACUCUGUUUUGAAGAACCAGUGUGUAUGAUGGGACUGAAAGCUGGAAAGGAGCCAGUUUUCACAAUUUCAGUGCCCAUCAUGUUUUAGCUUUUCUCUUCUACUCUGUAUUCUUUUUCUCACUUUCUCUCUUUCUCUGUUUAUUUCAAUGAUGUGAUUCCUCAUUGCUGAGAUAAGAGGGUAUUAACUAGGGCCAAAUUUUUCUUUGGCGCUUUGAGUCUUUCAAAACGUCUUCAGCAUAAAGAGGAACCUAACCAUGCCCAAUCAGGGUUUGGUUUUUGGAUUUUGCACAGAGCAGGUUGUUUAUAUUCACUCAUAAAUAGUUGAGAGUAGCAUGACAUUCAGUUGAGAGCACCACAACAGAGCAGAUAUUUAAAGGUGGUGACUGUGAAACCACAAGUCUGAGACCAACAACAAGCAGACAGAAAGAUAAAGCCCAAUAUUGUUUGUAUUACUUUUUCAGAUUUUUUUUGUUUUUUACAUUAGUACUGUUUCACAUGCUGGAUAGGGAAUAUCAGUGAAAUCAGAAGGAGGAGGGGAGGAACUUUGGAAAUUAGCAAAUAGUAAAAAGAAAAAUACACAAUACAGGAAAAUAGUUCUAGACUGCACAGCAUGUUGAAUGGAGAUUGUCUAUCGAAUUGAAAAAAGUCAACGACUGAGUUUAAUUUCUGUCUGGAAAACUGACCACAUGAGUGGGUAUUGGCCAAGAAUUAGGCCUAGCCCUUGGCUACAUUUUGUUUUUAGUGGACAAACUUCAUCAAGAAUGCUGUCCAGGACUUGGCAUAAUCCCUGCCUGGCAACCAACCCAACACAUUGUCAAGAGUAGGUCUACUGUGUACCCACAGGAUUUUGGCAUUGUAAGAUCUUUUCCAUACAUUCCUAUAUCAGCCAGUGCAUGCUGAUUCAUUCAAGAUGUACCAUAUCUCAUUUAAAGAUAGGAUAGUUACCUGGGUGAAAGUGUUUGGCUUGAAAAACUGAGUUUUCAGAACACAAAUGGGAUUCCUUCAAGUUAUGACAGUGUAGUGAUGUGUGAAACUUCACAAACUGGCCCUUUUCUUCAUUUUUUGUUUUAAAGUCAAUAGCAAUGUCUGUGUCAGUCAUGCUAAUGUCUAAAACACCUGUUGGUAUUGUAUGCUAGUCCCUGGAGUGCUGCUGGAGUUUACCAUUGAUUUUUCGAAACUUUUUGUGACAAAAAAAACAACUCUCCUUUGAAUGCAGUUACAAUGUGCUGAACUUGCCUUUUAAAGGGUGUUUAUCAGAUUCUCAUUCAGUUGGACCCAAUUAUCAAGGUGAUGUUUGUGUACUUUAUGUAUGAUACUGUUUUAGAAUAAAACAUGUUGAACUGAAUUACUGAGUUGGCGCUGAAGAUCAGAAGUUUCAGCUGCAAAUGUAUUGCAGCACCGUCUUUCCAGAGAACACAGUUCCACUACUCAACAACUUGAUGCUAGGGGCUUUAAAUCCCUUUAGCCCCUGUCUGGUAUUAAGUUAAUGUUAAUCUGCUCCAGAGAGUCCGAUUUUAUUUUUCAAUACUUCUCUACAUAAACUACAUGAGCUGUGUGUGGGUAUUGGCACAUCUGCGGCAACUUGUGAAAGUAACCAAAAGGGGUGUUGGCAUCGUUAGGACAUAUUUUGUAUGUUCAACUAAAUAACAAAUACAAUUUAGUGAAAGUUAAAUUCAUUGAACAAAGAAAUGUGAAUUAACCAAAAAACCAACACGAGUGGAAAAAGCAAUAUAUGCUCAACUGCAUUUAAAUUCCAGUAAAUAAAUGCAAUCAGUUAAACUACAAUUAGGCUGGCUUUUUAAAAUGUUAAUGUUAAUAGAACGUUUUCAGCAGUGUAAAGAAAACAUGUCAAGAGAGUUAAAUUGAAUACUGGUAGAAAAAGCAAAGCAAACUCUCCAAUAUGACUGACAAACACCUGCAGGACUGUGCAGCUGAAAUAGGAGUAGUAAUGCACUGUUCCACUGCAUCACGGAAAGGGAACCUUACCUGUAACCUUAAUCUUAAGCAUGGGGGUAGCACUGACAAAGUGGCAUGAAUAUAAGAAAUGUGUUAAUGGUUUUGCCUUAGGCAAAAUUAGUUCGAUGAAAAAGAAAUGUUUGAUGUGCUAGGUGGCAAAGUGAAUGAAUGAUUUGGUGUGCUACAAAAACUGCUCUUUGUACUACUCCAAUAAAAAAUGUGGCCGCAGAUAUAAGCAAACUUUUGCAUGCCCUAUAUAGUUGUUUGCAAUAGCACACCUAGAGACAGGUGUGUUAUUGGUGUAACCAAAGCUGAAGAUCAAGCAGGAAGUUAAAGUUAUUCUGAUUGCCUUGGGAAUAUGCAAAAUACUUCCCUGUGAUGUAAGAGAUGGGAAGGAGGACAUAGAGGGUAAAUAGAGAGCAGAGAGAGGGAUCGGUCUCUUCUAUCCUACAGACUCGUCUGCUAAAGUAGCUGGAGGUCUGACUGCAGUUCAGCCAGCAGGUUCCUGGAUCCUGAUGGCUACUGCUACUCUGAUCAACCUGGGCACUUCUUAAGGAUUUCUGGGACAUGUAGUCCACUGCUUGCAUUUCUUUCUUAUCUGAGAAAAUCCCAUCUGCCAAGGGAUUCGGGCACUCGGGUCUUCUGCCCUGUUCUAGUAGACGCUAUGUUGUGGCCUCCUGCCUUAUGGAUAGGAUGGACACCUCACAGAGUCUCUGGUCAAGGUUCAGCGGACCUGCAGUGGACAGCGCCAGGUCUACUCUGACCUGCCACUGAAGCACCAGACUCUAGAAGCAACCAAACUCUCAACAAAAACAAAGCCGACAAAGAACUUCCUUCCCCCAUCCAUUUCCCCUUUCCCUUUUGGUCGGCUUCUGGUUGUCUGUUGCUUGGUUGGCAGGUUCUGGGGAUGGCCUGCUGGAAAACAUUUAACAACCCUUUGUAGGAGUGUGUUAUUUCAAACGGAAAUAUUUCUUUUGGAAAUAUUUCCGUUUGUAUUAACCCUCACUUGCAGUUCUUUUUAAGGCUGUGUGCAAUUUUCCAAAAAAAAAGUUUUUAAACAAAAAAAAUCAAAUAAAAAUAGCAAAACUAUUUGAACUAA